AUGCAGCAAGCCGAAGGCAUCUGCAACAAGCUGUACGGAAAGAGGUGGACACAGAUUGGUUGGAAGGACUACAUGGCCGUCUUGGCACGUGCGCUGGAAGUUGCGACGAAGCACCACAUCCCGAAGGAAUGGAACUUCACCGGAUGGAGCUCCUUAGUUAAACUUGCUCGCCAUGAGGCAGGGAUUUCAGCAAUGACUGCGUGUGCCAUGGGCAAUUUCCAAUGCGACGUGACUUACUGCCAGAUGAACUAUUGCCAUAAUGAGCGUUUCCGAGCGAAGUUCGGAAACUUCUCGUGGUCGUAUCCAGAUGUUUGA